GUGUGAGCGGUGUGUUGGUUUUUGGUCAGUUUUGAGGCUCAGUGUUUGGGGCUGAGUCAGAUGAGCGGUUUCCACGGUACCCGGAUCCGCUUUAGGGCGGAGUCAGAGAGGCAGCUGCGCUUUCAGACGGACAGACAGACAGACAGAGCGACGGACAGACAGACGGUCAGCAGAUGCAGCUCAGUGGAAUGUGUCUCACCUCCUGCUGAGAGCAGAAGCUCCACUGCACACACCUGCUCAGGUACAGCCGGACUGAGACUCUGAUCUCUGGAUGAGAAAUUACAGAUCAGGAUCAGAUUUAAAAGAUUUAAUAUCAGAGUGAUUAAAUCAGACAGAGCUGCUUCUGUGGAUUAUGAUCUGAGAGAACAUGUCAGAAAGUUCUGGUAUCAGUCCGGGGUCCUCACAGAGGCUCCUGCAGCUCUGCCUGAGAGGAGAAUGGGUCGCUUUAGAGCAAAACCUCAAAUCCUUAGAGAAGGGGGAUCCAGAGAUCUGCCAGACUGAUGAGGAGUCAGGCUUGAGUCUUAUGAUGAUCGCGGUCCGAGAGAACCGUCUUUCCAUAGUGGAGAGACUGCUGGAGCUCGGGGUCAGUCCAGCUGAAAAAGCAAAGGAUGGCAGGACUGCUCUACACAUCGCUGCUGCCCACUCCAAAGACGACCUCGUUAAACUCCUGGCAAGAAAAGUAGAUCCCAACGCCCCUGGAGGGCCCAAGGCUCAGCUGCCCCUGCAUUACGCCGCUUCCCGUCCUGCCGGCUCACCCGCUGUUGUGCAAACUCUGCUCAAACUCUCCAACAAAGAGGCUCGACUCACAGCAGACAAGGAUGGCUGCAUUCCUCUGUUGCUGGCGGUUGAAGCGGGAAAUGUUGGAAUCAUUAAGGAGCUUCUUUCUGGCCAAACAGAGCCCCAACUCCAGACUCAGAGAACAGGACAUGGAGACACAGCUCUUCAUAUCUGUUGCCGGAAGAAGGAUGUUGAAAUGGCCAAAGUGCUGGUGGAACUCGGCGCAAGCAUGGAUUUCCAAAACGUUGAAGGACAGACCCCUCUUCACAUUGCGGCCUGGGAGGGAGAUGAGGCAAUGCUAAAGUUUUUCUACCAGAGCAAAGCUAAUCCCAACAUCUCAGACAAGUUGGAUAGAUCUCCACUUCAUAUCACAGCUGAACGAGGCCACACUAAUGUGGUUGAGAUCCUUACUGAGAAAUUCAAGUCCAAUGUGUUGGCCAGAACCAAGGACGGGAGCACAUUACUGCACAUUGCUUCCCAGUGUGGUCAUCCAGAGACUGCUCUUACUUUUUUAAAGAAAGGAGUUCCUCUACACAUGCCUAACAAGUCAGGUGCAGUGUGUCUGCAUGCAGCGGCGAAGAGAGGCCACACGGCCGUAGUGAAGGCUCUGCUCCUGAAGGGGGCGCAUGUCGACGCCACCACCAAGGACGGGCAGACGGCGCUGCACAUCGCCGUGCAGAACUGCAAGCCUCAGGUGGUGCAGAUGCUGCUGGGGUUCGGAGCUCAGGUGCAGCUCAGAGGGGGAAAGGAUUUGGAGACCCCUCUGCAUGUAGCAGCCAGAGUGAAGGAGGGGGAGAAGGUGGCUGAGAUGCUGCUUAAAAGUGGAGCAGAAGUCAACGCAGAGCAGGAGAAUGGAGAGACUGCGAUGCAUGUGGCAGCGCGAUAUGGAGCCCUGCAGAUGAUGAGAGCUCUGACAGAAGAGGGAGCCGAUCUCACCUGGAGAUCUAAGGUAGGAGAAACUCCACUCCAUGUUGCAGUGCAUCACUGCCAUGCUCACAUGGUGGAAGCAAUCUUAAACAGUCUGAGCAGCGAGAGGAGCCGAGAAGAGGCGGAGCUCUGCGUCCGUCAGGAGAACCAGAGUGGGGAGACCGCCCUGCAUUUAGCAGCUGAGCUGAAGAAUGAGACGGUGCACAGAGAUGAAGAAGACGUCGUAAUUAUCAGGACGCUAAUGGAGUAUAACGCUGAUAUCACAGCAGCUACAAGACAGAUGGGUGAAACUCCGCUGCAUUACUGCGCCAGAGUGGGAAACGCUGCAGUCCUGCAGGAGAUGCUGGAUAAUGUUCCCAGCAGCCGCCUGCAGAGCGCCAUCAACAAACACAGCAAGAACGGCAGGUCUCCGCUGCUGUUGGCAGCAGAGCGAGGUCACACAGCGGUGGUGAGGGUGCUGCUGGAGAACAGUGCGAGAGUGGACGUGUUUGAUGAGGAAGGCAUAGCUGCCCUUCAUCUGGCUGCAGAGCAGGGCCACGAUGACAUCGCUGACAUCCUGCUUUCCCAUAAGGCCUUUGUGAACGCUAAGACCAAGCUGGGCCUCACCCCACUGCACCUCAGUGCCCAGAGCGGCUCGGCUCGACUGGUCAGACUGCUGGUGGAGACUCAUCAGGCCUGCGUUGAUGCUCUCUCUCUGAGUAAGCAGACUCCACUGCACUUAGCUGCGAUUAGUGGGCAGCUAGACGUGUGCAGCAAUUUGUUAAACCUGAGAGCCGACAUCACUGCCACGGAUAUUCAUGGACAGACCCCUCUUCACCUGGCGGCGGAGAAUGAUCACUCUGAGGUGGUGAAGCUGUUUCUGAAGCACAGGCCUGAGUUAGCCACCCUGGCCAGCGUGGAGGGAGCUACAUGUACCCACAUCGCCGCUGCUAAAGGAAGCGUAGCCGUGAUUCGAGAACUGCUGAAGUUCAGCCAGGGAGGAUUAACCACACUGCAUAGCAAGGCUAACGGAUCGUGUCCUCUGCACUUGGCUGCUGCAGGGGGUCACACAGAGGUCGUUAAGGUUCUGCUGGAGGCGGGAGCUUCGGCCGCGGAGGAGGAUUCAGAGGGAAUGACCGCUGUCCACUUGGCUGCUCGGAGUGGACACACUCACAUUCUGGAGGUCCUGAAAGCAAGCGUCCCUCUGAAGAUCAUCAGCUCCAAGACAGGAUUAACAGCUCUGCAUGUAGCUGCUUCUUUUGGACAAGUAGAUUUUGUGAGGGAGAUUUUGACGAGAGUUUCAGCGGCUAUCCGCAGUGAACUGCCCGCCGGCAGCGCCGGCAUCAGCAGAGACGGCACCCUGAAACACCAGCUACACACUGAGUCAGGCUACACUCCCUUGCACCUGGCAGCUCAGUCUGGGCACGAGAGCGUAGUGCGUUUGCUGCUGAAUUCACCAGGAGUGCAGGCGGAUGCCGAGACGGACUCUGAGGGUUCGACCCCACUGCAUCUAGCUGCUUGUAAUGGUCACACAGCUGUGGUCGGUUUGCUUCUCAGCAAGUCCGCCUCACUUCUCCACCUGAGAGACCGGCGUGGUCGCACCUGCCUACACCUGGCCUCUGCUAACGGACACGUGGCCACAGUGAGGGUCUUGCUGGGUCAGGGGGCCGACAUUAAUCAAACUGACAAGAGUGGCUGCACCGCUCUGCACUAUGCUGGGAAAGCUGGCUGUCUGGAGGUGGUGCGCUUCCUGGUGGAGAGUGGAGCGUCUACGCGCUCUGAGUGCAGCGCAGGCCGAACGCCGCUGCAGUACACGGCCGAGGAGAACCACCAGGCCUCUGUCAGCUUCCUGCUCCGCCGACGAGACAACAACACCCUGCGUCUUCUGGAGGACAGGAAGUUUGUGUUUGAUCUGAUGGUGUGCGGGAGGCUGAAUGAUAACGCGACUCUGGAGGAGCUGGUCCUGCACUCCUCGUCCCCCCUGUGCACGGCCGUACGUCUGUCCCGGGCUCUCAGUCUGGCUGCUCUCAGGGAGAAGGAGCGCUCCGCCCACCUGCAGGCCGCUGCCCACCACUGUGAAGCCAUGGCCUCGGACCUCCUGACUCUGGCCUCCUCGGCCGAGGGCCACGGGGCCGGCGUGAUCCUGAGGGCGGUGGACCACCGGGGGGCCAGUGUGCUGGACUGUUUAAUAGAGGGGAGGCAGAAGAGUGUUGUAGCUCAUCCUGCAGUGCAGAAGUACCUGACGGAGGUGUGGUACGGGAGUCUGCACUGGGAUUCGUGGAGGAUCUUGCUGCUGUUCUUCAGUCUGCUGCUGUGCCCUCCUCUCUGGCUCUUCCUCUCACUGCCACUUAAACACAGGUUCAACACUGUUCCCAUCAUCAAGUUCAUGAGUCAUCUGGUUUCCCACCUCUUCCUCCUGGCCCUCUUCAUCCUCACCAUCGUCUACCCGCCCAUCAAUCCUCUCUCGGAGGGCCGCCUGCUCCCCGGCUGGUGCGAGUGGCUGCUGCUCACCUGGCUGUGUGGGAUGCUGGUUUCAGAGCUGAGCCACCCAGGUGAGCGGGCGGGGCUGGCGUGGGUCAGGCUCCUCCUCCUGGGCUUCUCUGCUUCAGCUCUACUGUGCCACCUGCUGGCGGCAGCUCUCCAGAGCUGGCCCCUGGCUCCUUUAAACUGCCUGUUCGCCCGCAACGUCCUGCUGACCGUGGCCAUGACUCUUGGUUUUAUUCAGCUUCUGGAGUUUCUGACGUUCCACCACCUGUUCGGGCCGUGGGCCAUCAUCAUCAGGGACCUGAUUAAGGACCUGUGCCGCUUCGCCGUCAUCCUGCUGCUCUUCCACACUGCCUUCUCUCUCAGCCUCACUGCCAUCUGCCAGCCUGUGUACCCAGAAAACGAGCUGAACAGCAGCAACUCGAACGUCAGUAACUCUGAAGGGUCCAGGUCUGAUUCAGAGCUCAACCCGCUGUACGUCUCCGUGCUCCUGUUCUUCGCUCUGUUCGGACUGACUGAGCAGGAGGACAUUCCAGCUAUGGAUCGUUCUCCUGCAGCCGCGAACAUUUUGGCUCGUUUGACCUUCGGUAUCUACCUGGUGGUGUCAGUGAUUGUGCUGGUCAACCUCCUCAUCGCCAUGAUGAGCGACACCUACCAGCGCAUCCAGGCCCAGUCGGACACGGAGUGGAAGUUCGGCCGAGCCGUCCUCAUCAGAGACAUGAGCCGAAAGUCCGGAACGCCCUCCCCUUUCAACCUGCUCACCAGCCUCGUCUUCUUCAUCAAAAUCCUCUGCAAACAUGGUGGUAAACUCUGCUCAGUGGAGGGCCGUGAUCUGAUGGGGGAGGAAGAGGAGGCUGAGGCUUUGCCAGAUAACUGGUCUAUGGAUGCAAUGUCACAGAAUUCAAUAGGCUGGCUCAGAGGAAACAAAAGAACCCAGAUCCUUCCUGAAGGAAGCCCCGUCAUGAUACCCAGACUGGGAGGACAGAUACGGGUAGAGAACGUGACUGACUGGGCUGUGGUGGUCCAGCGUUUUCUCGCCCUGCGUGGUCAAAAGGACAGACCCCCGUUAGAGACAGACAGUAAUUAAGAAAUUCAAUCAUGGCCAUAGAGAAAUAACAGAGUCUUGUUCUUCUUGCCACUCGACUGUCAAAAUUUCCGCUCAUGUCAAGCCUCUAUUUGUAGAGUAAGCAUCUAAACAUCUAAUCCUGACCAUCUCCUCCAAGCAUGGAGGACCACUGAACUCUAACCUUAUAUCCAACCAUAUAACAUCAGUGUUUUAUAUGGACUCAGAACAGUAGCACUGCCUUUAAUGAAACUGUGUGACUUACAGUAAUACAGUAUUACAUGAUUAUAACAGUAUUAUUACAGUAGUAUUACUUCUCUCCUUGUUCUGAUCAUGAAUGUCUUGACAUUAACAAUGCACUAUUGAUGUCACUUGUGUAAAACCAUUGCUUUCAUCACAUUUAAAAGAGACCGUUUAAAUGAAGUGAACUGAAUGUGUCCUCACUUACUGUGUGAAAUCCAGUGAACUGAGGUUUGGUGUGAAGUCUGAACCGUUAUCAUGUCUUUUUGGAAUGUCAUAGAGCUUCUCUACUGGGGCCGGAUUCACAAAAGUGUCUUUAGAUAGAAAUUUCUUUAAAUCAGUGGUACUCAAACUUUUUUUUUAGGCCAGGUUCACACUACACAACUUUUUGAGUCCUUUUUGUUGGGACUUUCACACUGCAUGACUGAUCAGCGUCCACAAUCACAAGAACACACCAGAACUAAACGCACACAAGUACUAGUGAUGCCAUGCAAUAGAAUCUCUAUAGAGGCGAAUACGCACUUAAAGUGAGUCCAGCAUGAAUGGGUUCAUAUGAAGCAAAUGAGCAAAAUCCGAGAUUUAAAAUAUCUGAUCAUUUUAAUAUUGAAAUAUGUGCUCGUAUCCUUAACACAGAGCUAUAUAUCAAAUGUUUCAGCACUGCAGACAUCAUUUUUAAUCAUUUUAAACUCCAGUUUUCAGCCUUUUAAACUUAAUGCUCUACCUGUAUCUUCAGGAUCAGCUCGCCAACUAAUCAGCUCACAGUAGCAGUAAUUGCUACAGUGCUUUACAAUGUAAAACCUGUUUACUGUAGAUAAACUGUAUUUUUGGUAAAAUACAUUAUUCUACUUUAUUCUAAAAUUAAAAACAAGCAGUUUAUUAUUAUUUUUAAAGAUUUUUAGCUUCAUUCAGCCCCAUUUAUAUAGGACUCACUUGCUGGCUCCCUCUAGAGUUUAACAGUGAUUUACUGAUAUAACAGGGGGACAGGAAGUGGUCAGACUCUCCAUAAACAGCUCUGGUAAUGAAGGAGAUGCAUUGUGGACCUGUGGUUCUCUUUCUCUUUCUCCAUUGGCUGUAUGUAGCCUCUGCUCCUGACUCCCAGUCGCUGACUGAGUCAGAUAUCUAGCAUGCUAUAAAAUAUUUGGCAGGCAUCUACAACUGGUCGGCAAUCAGUCUGUGACUGUGUGAGUGCCGUGUAAAAUUUUUAGUGUUAACCUAAAAUUAAUUAAAUCUUAAUUAAUUAUUAAGAAAACUUUGUCAAUGUUAAAGUCCUCAUGAAAAGUUUUAAGUUUCAGUUUUUAGAAAAAAAUUCUCAACUGUUGUUUUUCUUUAGGUUUUCCUCGGGAAAGCUUUUGUGAAUCCGCCCCCUGACUCUAUUGGAUUUUAUUACGUUUCAUUGUGUCACUAAAAAGACUACAUUUUGUAAAUUUAGUCUUUAGAGUCACUGAAUCUGUAGUUAUGUAACCUUUUUUUUAUGUGACCAGCUUACAACCAUAGCCAUUCCCGACCGUAAAAAUAGCAUUUAUCCUUAAAAUGAUUUUUUCUUCUUUCUGGAAACUUGUUGUAAUGAUGUCAGCACUCCUUCUUUGAUGAGAAAUAACUGCAUUUCCAUAUUUGUUCAUCUCUUAUGACCUGUUUCACCUGUCUGCCUGUCUGGACCAGUUUUCUCAACCCUGGUCCAAUCCCAGCCACAUAAUAUUAUAAUUAAUAAACCUGAUAUUUCAACUCCA